AUGGCUGUUUUAAUGUGUUUGUUCUGGAGCCAAUCUAGCUGGAAAUUAGGAAUAUUGAAGAAGGUCCGAUGGUUGUCGAUGAAAUACUUGCUUUUGUUUUGUUAUGUGAUAUCCAUCAUCGAUGCAGCACCAUCAAUAUCUCCCAUGGGUGCACCUGAUAUGCCAAAUCUUCCCCUGCCAGCCGAUUUGCCAGUGUCCCAUAGACACUGGCAAAAACAUUUCUUGCCACGUGCUGCGCCAGUUGCACUAUCACCUGCACACCCUCCUUUUUAUGGUCCCUUAAUAACUGCUGGUCAUCCCCCUGCAACUUCUCGAUUGUCAAGGCCAGCAAUGAAGAGGAGUGGCUUGGCACCUCCCCUUGCUGGCUUUCAGAAUAUUGCCCCAGCACAGUCGAGUGCUGGUACAAUCCCUUCGGGUUUAGCACAGCCCCCACUCACUCCUUCCAUUUCCAACUGUUGCAAACCAGACAUGGUAUUGAGACGCGAAAGUCAGGGUUGCCACUGUGUUUAUCCCAUUAAGCUUGACCUCCUCCUCUUAAAUGUUUCACAAAAUCCUAAUUGGAAUCUUUUUCUUCAAGAAUUAGCUUUGCAGCUUGGUUUGAAAGUUUCGCAAAUAGAGCUGAUUAACUUUUAUGUACUCAGCUUGUCAAGGUUAAAUAUUUCGAUGGAUAUUACUCCAUAUCCAGGUGUCAGUUUCUCGGCAAGUGAUGCAUCUGCAAUAAACUCUUCUCUUGUCAUGCACAAGGUUAAUUUAGACCCCGCAUUAGUGGGCGAUUACAAACUCCUCAAUAUAACUUGGUUUAAGCCUCCACCUAUUUCUCAAGCUCCUGUUGCUACAUCACCAUUUGAAGCCCCACCAAAACCAUCACCGACUCAUACGUCCUUAACUGCUUCAAGUAAAGGGAAACAUUCAAAUUUGAGUCUUAUUAUUGGUAUUGGUGCCGGAAUACUGUUAAUUUCCAUUAUAGCUGUGCUCAUACUUUGUUUAUGCACGUUUCGUCAAGAGAAGACUAAAGAAUCUAAUAUAGAAACAGCCCCAGAAAAGCAGAGCAGCGUCGAAACAGUUUCAGCUGUAGGAUCUCUACCCCACCCAAGCAGCACUCGGUUUCUGGCAUUUGAAGAACUUAAACAAGCAACAAACAACUUUGAAACUGCAAGCAUACUCGGAGAGGGUGGUUUUGGCAGGGUGUUCAAGGGCGUGUUAAGUGAUGGUACAGCUGUUGCAAUUAAAAGACUUACUAACGGAGGGCAACAGGGGGAUAAGGAGUUCUUGGUUGAGGUUGAGAUGCUUAGCAGGCUGCAUCAUCGUAAUCUGGUGAAACUUGUGGGUUACUAUAGCAGUCGUGACUCCUCACAAAACUUACUUUGCUAUGAGCUUGUGCCAAAUGGAAGCUUGGAAGCCUGGCUUCAUGGUCCCCUGGGAGUAAAUUGUCCUUUAGAUUGGGACACCCGAAUGAAGAUUGCACUUGAUGCUGCCAGAGGACUUGCUUACCUGCAUGAGGACUCACAACCGUGCGUUAUCCACAGAGAUUUUAAAGCAUCCAAUAUAUUGCUAGAGAACAACUUUCAUGCUAAAGUUGCUGAUUUUGGCCUGGCUAAACAGGCACCUGAAGGCAGAGCAAAUUAUCUUUCUACUCGUGUGAUGGGAACAUUCGGGUACGUAGCUCCAGAGUAUGCCAUGACUGGACACCUACUUGUUAAAAGCGAUGUUUACAGCUAUGGGGUUGUCCUUCUUGAAUUACUCACUGGUAGAAAGCCUGUAGAUAUGUCACAGCCAGCGGGGCAGGAGAAUCUUGUCACCUGGGCAAGGCCAAUUCUUAGGGACAAGGAUAGGCUGGAUGAGCUCGCUGAUCCUAGUCUUGAAGGAAAGUACCCAAUGGAAGAUUUUGUACGAGUUUGCACGAUUGCAGCAGCUUGUGUUGCUCCUGAGGCAAGCCAACGCCCUACAAUGGGUGAAGUGGUACAGUCACUGAAGAUGGUGCAACGAAUCACCGAGUAUCAGGAUUCCAUGUUAACCUCUUCCACUGCCAGACCCAAUCACAGGCAGUCAUCAACUACCUUCGAGUCCGAUGUGUCAUCUUCAAUGUUCUCGUCUGGUCCUUACUCUGGUCUAAGUGCCUUAGAUAAUGACAAUGUGUCUCGGGCAGCAGUUUUCUCUGAAGAUCUUCAUGAAGGACGAUGA